GUAGAACAGGAAAAACCGACGAGAGAAGAAAAGCAGAAAUAAAGGGAGGAAGAAAGUCAGGGGGAGGAAACACGUGCGGGCGUGUGUGUCACGGACAGAAGCAGAAAGCAGCAGGUGCCUCAGACAGCACCCUGCAUCAUACACAUGCAUCUUCCAACUCUCUUUUCAUUGGAAGUUUCUUUUUUUAUGACACAAGACCGCUUUGUGCAAGGACUAAAAGAAAGAGAUGUGCAUUCAUUCUGUCGGUUGCUUCGGGUCACAAAGAGGGUCAACACCUGAGACGGAGCUGAAAGGGGAAGCUGAACUGAGGCGGUUUUUGUCCCCCUGACACAACACAAGAUGGGAGCAAGAGAUUCAACUGCCUGAGGAGAUGAGACUUUUUCAAAUUUUUCAACAAUUAUGUUAAACUUUGAAGGAGCAUAAGCAAUUUCUGGCCCUCCCUGACGCCUGGAAUGCUCUUGUUGAGCAUAAACUGGUUAUACAGGCCUGAAAUGGACUAACCUAACUGAGUAUACGGCUCUACUGGAAACAUAACCUGCUCAACAAGUGCAUCUUUUACUGGAGGGAGCAACUUUUGCUGCAAAUUUUCACUUGUAUUUUAAUUUUGAGCUCCCUUUUUUUUAGUUUCUACUCAUCUCUGCAGAUCAUCUUGGCGGCAAAGGUCAAACAAUCCAGUUGAUCUUGUGCAUGAUAAAGCAGAGGAAGGACUCACUUCCUUUAGUGGCACAGAAAAAGACGCACACUCCACUCUACCUCAACCAUGCAGGCAGCAGGACCUGAGCACGAUGACUGUUUCGACUUCUUGUUUAAGAUCAUCCUGAUUGGAGACUCCAAUGUGGGGAAGACCUCGGUGGUCCAGAAUUUCAAGUCAGGAGUUUUCUCUGAGAAGCAGCAGAACACCAUCGGGGUGGAUUUCACCGUGCGAACCGUGGACAUCGAGGGGAAGAAAGUGAAGAUACAGGUGUGGGACACAGCAGGUCAGGAGAGGUUUCGCACCAUCACCCAGAGCUACUACCGCAGCGCUCACGGCGCCCUGAUCGCUUAUGACAUCACACGCAGUUCCACCUUUAACUCUGUGAACCACUGGAUCAAGGAGGUGGAACUGUACGGAGCCGCCAACGUAGUUCUGGUGCUCAUAGGGAACAAGUGUGACCUGGAGCAGAGCCGGCAGGUUGAGUUUGACGAAGCCUGCAGUCUGGCGAAAGAGAGAGGCAUACUCGCUGCCUUAGAAACAUCUGCAAAGGUGAGCCAGAAUGUGGAAGAAGCCUUCAUGAUGAUGGCCCGAGAGCUGUUGUCCCAUAACGGCCUGUUUGUCCAGCGAGGAGACGAUGAGGGCAACAGCACACCCCGAAUCCUCCUCCACGCCAACUCUCGACCAGUUAAUGGUAUCACAGCUGCAGACACACAACCAGAGAAGAAGUCGUGUUGCUGAUGACGACAACAGACGACGAGGAAGAGGGUGAAGGACACAUGAUCAUGACUGUUGAGGGAGAAGAAUACAAGAAGAGGAUGUCAAUGAGUGCGAACAAGGCCUUAUAAACUGAGAAUCUAUUUGUUGUUGUUUAUAAUGUGUAUUAAAUGUACAACUGAGUGACAUACCUAACCUGAGAGAAACAGGAACAUAAUCUCCUUCACAUCCGAAGCCAGGCCUGGUCUUGCGUCCUGGGUUACGUCAGAUUAUCUCCUGAAGAUGUUGCUGGUGACUGAAGCAAUUCCUCCUUUUAGGUUUGUAUUAUUGUAUAUUUCAAAUCUAAAAGCAUUACCAAAACGAGCAAACACUGACUGGUCUCGUCCUUGAUAUCUUCGGCGUGAUUCGACGGACGCAAAGCAAGAGUGUUUUCACAUUCCCACAUUCUGUUUUUUCUUCCUUUUUGUGUCUUAACGAUGCUGUUGCCCGGAUGGGAAUGAUGCUGGUAAAAGACUAAAACUAUCUCACCUUCGUGGUGUCGUCUCUGACGAGUGUUAUUCCUUUCUUCCACUACGUUGUGGAUGAAAGUGUCCUGGAACCAAAGACGAGUC